AUGGAAACCGAGGAGGAGCAGCGAUCUACGCAGCGCUGGCAACGGCUCCAGCGAGCGGCUGACACGGAGGAUUUGGUGGUGGUGUCGGCAGCAGAGCUAGACGACGAGUCAUGGGAUCGUCGAGCGCAGCAUCAUGCAGGUGCAGCAGGCGGUGACGACGACGACGACCCUGAGAUCAGAAGGGAUCCUAUGGUGAAGGGGUGGCGAUGGUUGAAGGCCGUGUCCAUGGUGGUCUUCACCGCCCGCCCCAACAAGACGACAACGAACACGGAAAUGGAGCCCCUGUAUCCACCCCAAGAGCCUCGAAGUGAUGAUCAGUCACGGAUGGCGGCACGUGGGGCAGAUAUCAGGUUGAGGAGUCCACAGCGAAGGACACAUGAGGUAGAUGUCAGCAAGUUGAACACAGGGCCCUGGUUGAACAGUCCACAGCGAAGGACCACUGCUCAGGUACAACCUUCUCUAUCUCCGCAACAGCCAGCCGAGUUUGGAAGCAAAAAUUCAGUACCUGAGGUUGUAAUGGACGUUGCAUCGCCGAGAACUGCACAGGUCGGCGUUGUCCAUGGCAACCCAGAUGACGAUAAGGAACAGCGUGGGCGCUGCCUGAAAUACUCGCAGAAGGCCCUCGGCUUCGCCGUCUGCACGUUUAUCGGAUACGCGGCCAAUGCAUCAACCAACACGGCCUUCAAGAUGGCGAUCGCACCCUUCUUUCUCGCCAUCUGCGCCGACCUCCUGUCGCUCCAGACGAAGGCGAAGCUGGGUAGUGCCCUGGUCUACUUCUCAUCGCUGCACCUGCUCCUCAUGACGUACCUCAUCUUCAUCGCGUUCGACAUGGACCACGCCUACGCCAUCCUCUUCCUCCCGCUCGUCGUCUUCGCCUCCCACCUCCAGCAGAAGCUAUGGCCGCCCAAGCCGCCGCCGCCGGACGCGCAGGCGGCGCAGCAGAGCGCCGAUGAGAGGAACAAGGCUGCGAGCAAGGAGCUUGACAGCAUCUUUGAGAUGUCCGCUCUGAUCCUUAACUGGAGCAGCUUCGUCAGCGCGAUCAUGACCGUGGUCCGGCACUUCAUCACUGCUGCUGGGAAAGACAAUGACGAGAUCGCGCCAGGGGCUGUUGGGCUCCUAUUCUUCCUCACCAUCAUUCUUGGCAUCUAUCUGAUGCUGGCCUCGACUGUGAGGAGUCCGGCACUGAAUCUCCCUACCAAGUAUCUUGAUGUCGUGCUCAUCUGCCUUCUCCUCGGCACUCUUAUCGCCACCGUCAUGACGUUCAGGUAA